CUCCUUUCCCUCUUUCUUCCCACCGCCUUCUUGGGCUCGUUGACGAAGAUGAAGAAAAAGAUUCUCCUCAUGGGCCGAUCAGGCUCGGGCAAGACGUCGAUGCGCGCCCUCGUCUUUUCGGCCUACAAGGCCGCCGACACUGCCCGGCUCGGCCAGACGGUCGAUGUCGAGCACUCCCACGUCCGCUUCCUGGGGAAUUUGGUCUUGAACCUGUGGGAUUGCGGGGGCCAGCAAGCCUACAUGUCCAAUUACAUCGACAGCAAGCGUCACACAGUCUUUACUGCUGUCGGCGUCCUCAUCUACGUCUUUGAUCUCGUCGGCGAGGACAGCGAGGAGUGGGACAAGGACGUGAGGAGCUACAAAGACUGCCUCUCGGCCUUGCAGACAAAUUCGCCCGAUGCCCACGUCUUCUGCCUGCUGCACAAGAUGGACCUCGUUGAGGCUUCUCGUAGGAGGUCCGUGUAUGCCUCGAGGGUCGAAGAGCUGCAGAAAAAGAGCGAAGGCACAACAAUCCACUGCUUUGCGACAAGCAUCUGGGACGAAACCAUCUACAAGGCGUGGUCGCGUAUCAUCCACACGCUGAUCCCAAAUGUCUCGGACCUCGAGCGACAUCUGUCAUUGUUUGCGCGCACCAACUCGGCUGCCGAGGUCGUCGUCUUUGAGCGCUCCACCUUUCUCGUCAUCUCCAGAAGCACGGCCAAGAAUCUUUUGUCACCUAAUGGUGGCACAGAGAACAAGGGACCAGUGGAGUACACGAGCUCAGACGAGGACAACGACGAAUUACUAGGAUUUCCGCCAUCAUCCGACAAGGAGAGCUCGUCGCAGCUGAGUCCGGGCAGGUUUGGCAAGAUUAGCCAGAUGGUAAAGAGCCUCAGGCUGGUUUGCUCCAAGCUGCAAUCGCACUUUCAGGCCAUCGAGAUCCAGGGGGCAACUUUUGCUGCUUACCUCGAUGUCCUGACGCCCAACACCUACAUCAUGGUCGUGACUACCGACCCACGGAUAGAGCUUGGCGCGAUCAAGCUCAACGUUCAUCUCGCAAGAGACCAAUUCGAAAAGCUUCAAGCCCUCAACAUCAGCAGUCGAUAAGCGCAGGCAAAUCUGAGAUACCCUUUCACAAAUAAACAUGACAACAGAACAAUCAAUCAUCCUAUUUGUAAC